AUGCCACACACUACAAGUCGCCAUGGAUGUUAUACUUUGGCGAAACGGUCUGGCAAGAGUAUUAGUUCAAAAGAGCGCGAGAGUGGUCGAGCUGGCCAGGGUGAUUGGGGAACAUUGAAGAAGAGACUUGCGUGCUCCGGUGCAUCGCCGAAGCUGGUCGGCGGCGAUAAGGGCUUGGUGAACUCUCGGUUCACUGAGGUAGUCAACAGCUGGUCCUGCACAUCGAGGUCGAAAUCACAGGCUAUCUCUGAGGCCGGAUCCCGGAAAUUGGAUUGCAGCGAUGUUCACACCCUGAAAGAAGACUCAGAUCAUGUGCUCAACGAAUCGAGCGAUGCAUGUUGUUCGAAUCACAAAAUUGGACGAAGCUUGAACCUCGGGAAGCUGAUACCCCCCAGCGGGGCUGGUGGGUUUAUCUAUACGAACGCAUCAUGCUCCUUGAGCUGGUGUCUGCAGGCAUUCCGAACCGUUUUCACUGUACUCGUUGACAUGAGCCUCAUACACAUUGGGAGAGGUGUGUUUGCAGGUCAUUAUCGGACGUACAUACAUCUGCAGUACCAUGGGACGAGAGGAGCCACGACAUUCUUCGAUCCAUGUGAGGUGGAAAUCAUUGUGGUUGUGAACACCCUCCGCAAGAUUGCCUGCACAUAA